AUGGAACAACCCGAUCUAUCAUCCGUGGUCAUAAGCAAGCCGCUGCUGAAGUUGAAACUUCUCGACGCCCUACGCCAGGGAAGUUUCGCAAACUUGAAAGAUCUCCUACAGAAACAAUUCCAGCCGCUAGACGACCCAAACGUCCAACAAGUGCUCCAUCUCAUGCUCCACUACGCCGUGCAGGUUGCCCCCAUGGCAGUGAUAAAGGAUAUCGUCCACCAUUGGAUCACCGCCACCGGUGCCACUUUUUUAAACAUCCAUCUUGAUCUAAACGAACAGGACUCCAACGGCAACACCCCAUUGCACAUCGCCGCCUACCAGUCCCGCGGUGACAUAGUAGCUUUCCUCUUGGACCAGGCCACCAUCAACGACUGCGUGCUCAACCACUCUCACUUACAGGCCAUCGAAAUGUGCAAGAACCUAAACAUCGCGCAGAUGAUGCAGGUGAAACGCUCCACAUACGUCGCGGAGACCGCCCAGGAAUUCAGAACAGCCUUUAACAACAGGGACUUCGGCCACCUAGAAUCCAUCCUCUCCAGCCCUCGAAACGCAGAACUGCUCGACAUCAACGGCAUGGACCCAGAGACCGGCGAUACCGUCCUGCACGAAUUCGUUAAGAAAAGAGACGUCAUCAUGUGCCGCUGGCUGCUUGAACACGGCGCAGACCCCUUCAAGAGAGACCGGAAGGGAAAACUGCCCAUCGAACUCGUCAGGAAAGUCAACGAAAACGACACCGCCACAAACACCAAGAUCGCUAUCGAUAUCGAACUGAAAAAACUAUUGGAGAGGGCCACCAGGGAACAAAGCGUCAUCGACGUCACAAACAACAACUUGCACGAGGCCCCUACUUACAAGGGCUACUUGAAAAAAUGGACCAACUUCGCUCAAGGCUACAAACUGCGUUGGUUCAUCCUUAGUAGCGAUGGCAAACUGUCGUACUACAUCGAUCAGGCUGACACUAAGAACGCGUGUAGGGGCUCAUUGAAUAUGUCUUCGUGCUCCUUGCAUUUGGAUUCGUCUGAAAAAUUGAAGUUCGAAAUUAUCGGCGGUAACAACGGCGUCAUCAGGUGGCAUUUAAAGGGGAACCAUCCUAUCGAGACAAACAGGUGGGUCUGGGCCAUCCAGGGCGCCAUAAGAUACGCAAAGGACAGAGAGAUUCUGCUGCACAAUGGCAGCUACUCGCCAUCUUUGGCCUUAAGCCAUGGCUUGUCACCCAAAAUGUCCAAUAAAGAAAACUUGCAUGCAACUUCAAAACGGUUAACCAAGAGCCCGUACCUGUCUAAAUCCACACUGACACAAAACGUUCAAGGGGGUGUCGAUGAUAACGAUAAUGACGAUGACAAUGCUGACAACAACAACAAUAAUAAUAAUGAUAAUGAUGACGAUGAUGAUGAUGAUGAUGAAAAUAGACCCCUCAUAGAACCAUUGCCGCUGAUUUCAUCUAGAAGCCAAAGCUUAAGCGAGAUCGCUUCCGGUUCACACUCUAGGAAGUCCGCAGUUUCGUCUACGAGGGCCGGUAUACCAUCGGAUGACGAGCGUUACUCUGACGACGAUUCUGAUGACGACGGUAAUUCCUCUUACACAGUGGAGAACGGCGGUGAAGGUGAUGGCGAUGAAGAUCUGAACGCCAUUUAUGGUCCGUACAUUCAAAAACUACAUAUGCUACAAAGAUCUAUUUCCAUUGAGUUGGCAUCGUUGAACGAACUACUGCAAGAUAAACAACAACACGAUGAAUACUGGAACACGGUAAAUACUUCUAUUGAAACCGUCAGCGAAUAUUUCGACAAAUUAAAUCGUUUGACCUCUCAAAGGGAAAAGAGAAUGAUUGCCCAAAUGACCAAGCAGCGUGAUGUUAACAAUGUUUGGAUCCAAUCCGUGAAAGAUCUGGAAAUGGAAUUGGUUGACAAAGACGAAAAAUUGGUUGCCUUGGAUAAAGAACGGAAGAAUCUGAAAAAAAUGCUGCAAAAAAAAUUGAACAAUCAACCACCUGUUGAAACGGAGGCCAACGAAGAUUCUGAUGAUGCGAACUCAAUGAUAAAAGGAUCUCAAGAGUCAACAAAUACCCUUGAGGAAAUCGUAAAAUUUAUCGAGAACACAAAGGAAAGUGAUGAGGAUUCAGACGCGGACGAGUUCUUCGACGCAGAAGAAGCAGCCUCCGAAGAAAAGGCCAAUGAUUCGGAAAACUUACCCACAGAUAAAAAGACCCCAGCUGAUGAGACACCACAAGAAGAAGCCACAGAAGACGAGAGCCUUCUUGUGAUCAGUUCCCCACAGGUAGAAAAGAAGAACCAACUAUUAAAAGAGGAAUCGUUUGUCGGGUAUGAAGAUCCAGUGAGAACCAGACUGGCUUUGGACGAAGAUAACCGUCCCAAGAUUGGUCUUUGGUCCGUUUUAAAGUCUAUGGUCGGUCAAGACCUAACGAAAUUGACUCUACCAGUAUCGUUCAAUGAACCAACAUCCCUACUACAGAGAGUUUCCGAGGAUAUCGAAUAUUCUCAUAUCCUUGAUCAAGCUGCCACUUUUGAAGACUCAUCUUUAAGAAUGCUAUAUGUAGCUGCCUUCACUGCGUCAAUGUACGCAUCUACAACUAACAGGGUCUCUAAACCAUUUAAUCCCUUACUCGGUGAAACUUUUGAAUAUGCCAGGCCUGAUGGCCAAUAUCGAUUCUUCACCGAACAAGUUUCUCACCACCCACCUAUCUCUGCUACUUGGACAGAAUCACCUAAAUGGGAUUUCUACGGUGAAUGCAAUGUUGAUUCGUCAUUCAAUGGACGCACAUUUGCUGUACAGCAUUUGGGAUUGUGGUACAUUACUAUUCGUCCCGAUCAUAAUAGAGGUGUUUCCGAGGAAACUUACUCCUGGAAAAAACCAAAUAACACUGUUAUCGGUAUUUUAAUGGGGAAACCACAAGUUGACAACAGCGGGGACGUCAAAGUCACAAACCAUACCACGGGCGAUUAUUGUAUGUUACAUUAUAAAGCCCAUGGUUGGACCUCAGCCGGUGCAUAUGAAGUUAGAGGUGAAGUAUUUAAUAAAAAUGAUGAAAAAUUAUGGGUUCUUGGUGGACAUUGGAAUGAUUCCAUCUACGGGAAAAAAGUGACUGCCAUAGGUGGGGAAUUGACCUUGGACAGAAUAAAGACGGCAAAUUCUGCCACAGGAGGACCAAAAUUAGAUGGGUCUAAGUUUUUAAUAUGGAAAGCGAACGAAAGGCCUUCAGUGCCAUUUAAUCUAACAUCAUUUGCAUUGACUUUGAAUUCUUUACCACCUCACUUGGUGCCAUAUUUAGCGCCCACGGAUAGUCGUCUAAGGCCUGAUCAAAGAGCUAUGGAAAACGGUGAAUACGAUAAAGCUGCCGAGGAAAAGCAUCGUGUUGAAGUCAAGCAAAGGGCAGCAAAAAAAGAAAGGGAACAAAGGGGAGAGGAAUACAGACCAAAAUGGUUUGUUCAAGAGGAACACCCCGUUACCAAGAGUCUAUACUGGAAAUUCAAUGGUGAGUACUGGACCAAAAGAAAAAAUCAUGACUUUAAAGAUUGUGCUGAUAUUUUCUAA